UGUCUGUGUUGGUUUCCUUUUUCAUUUUGCGGGAAGUGUGGCCUGCUUUGAGGAGACCCCGGGCAGAACAAGAGUAUAAAUAGCCAUCUCUUCCUCCACCUUCUUAUCAGCAUUUCGCUGCGUCCUUCUCAUCCAGAACCAACUACGCCGCUUGACUCGUUCCAACCAUGUUUGCCAAAUCCUGUCGUGAGAGCUUCUCCUACCGAGCCGGAAAGGCCACGAGCAAGAAGAAGGAGCGGUCGUUCCGAGACAAGGACUUGACUCGUUCGAGAACCAUGUUCAUUCCACAGACAACCAAGCCAUCUCAGUCACAGAGUCCGUCAAGCUCCAACCCAACCUCGCCCAACCUCAACUCCUCCAUCGUGACCAUAAGCGUAGGCGCCUCAUCGCGACUCUUUGCCGCUCAUGAAGACGUCUUGUGCAAGUCUCCCUACUUCGCUCACAUGUGCCGUGCCCACUUCUUCGAGACGUCGGGCAAACGCCUCGAUCUCCCGGAUGAAGAGCCUGAGAUCUUCUCCGCUGUGCUCGAGCAUCUCUACAAAGGCGACUACACCCCCAAGCUAGCAUUCGACAAGAAGCGAGCCAGCUGGUACCUCGAAGACGGCGUGAGCGAACGAGGCGAGAACGCAAUAUACCUCGGCGAGGUAGUCGGCACCGUCCUGAAAGACACCAUCAUCUACUGCUCCGCCCAACGCUACAACCUCCCCGACCUCCAACGCCUCGCGCUGAAAAAGCAAGGCCUGCAAACCGGCGUGCAAUGCAGCACCAUCCUCGCCUCCGCCCGCUUCGCCUACGCCCACACGCCCGCCAGCGACUCCAAGCUGCGGGCGCACUACCUCGCGCUCAUCAUCCGCAGUCGCAAUACGUUCAAGCGAAGUGGUACCAUGCAGAUGGAGAUGCAGAAGGGUGGGACGCCGUUGUUCUUUGACUUGUUUGUUGCGUUGGUUAAUCAUCUUGAUGAUAUUGCGGGCGUCGCCAAGUCGCCGCGGUAGGCUGUCGUCUCCUACUACAGCUGGGAGGUCUUUGGGCUCUGGCAAUCACCAAUGUGAGUUCGCCAUGUUGUCUUUCAUUGGCGUUGGGAUAUUACGGGACUUGUAUGAUAUCGGCU